AUGACGCCGAAUGGAGGGGCCAUGACCGAGGCGGUGCGGAUUCUUGGUUAUACGCCGUACCUCUUCGAAAUGACCCUAUUCAGGGGCAACUUCCAGACCCAUCUCAAGGAGUGGUACAUGGUGUUAAAUCACGAGAAGAAAUUUAGUACCGUCAUCCUGGAAAUCCCUCAGCGCGCGGAAAAGACGAAGGACAAGACGGGAAUCCCCAAAGAGAAUGCGGCCUCGACGCUGCCCGAUCAGGCGGUCGCCGCGUAUGACGCGCUCGUGGGCCCGCCCGCGACGUUGGCGUACGAGACCAUUCUACAAGAGUGCCCGCGAUCGACCAAAGUGAUUCUCGUCGAAGAGGCGGAUAAGCUGCUCUGGGAAAGUGAAUUCGAUAGGAUAUUUCAACAGCUCUUGGGCAACGGACAGAGCCGGCGGAAUCGAAUCGGACUUGGGGACUUCCAGAAAAUGGUAAAAUCCAUGACGGACCUCUACAAAGCCACCUCUCCCAACUUCACACGCGGCUCAUCCAUGAGCGCGAGAAGUCCUCUUUUGCGUACCCCGACAAUGCGGUUGGCCUCGGCGCUUGAUCUUUUCGAGGCUCGAGUCAAAGAUGUCGUACCGCGGGAUCGUUUAUUGGUUUACCGCGAAGGGGAGGGCUGGGGUCCGAUUUGCGCUUUUCUCCGCCUUCCCGUUCCGACCACCGCGAGCGGGGAAUCCUGUCCAUUUCCCCCGCAUAACUCCGGCUCCGACAUUAUUGCCGAUCUCGAUGAAAAGUUUUAUCGCAUCAAUUGUAUCACCAUCGUGAUGGUGUUAGUGAUCGCGACUAUGUUUAUUACGUUGGCAUCAUCCGUGAGGACACGCAUGAAAAGAUUUCUGGUCAACUAUAAUAAUCGUUUUAUGAAAGAAAUGGGCCCUUUUUUGAAACCGGACAUCCGAAAUGACGAUCCGGAGGCGCCAAAACCGUCGUUACGUAAAAAAUUAGUUGAGGCCAAGAAGGUGACCAUGAGGUUUGAGAACGAAAUUCGUCAGGAAGGGGGGACAAUGUCGACUGUAAAGGAUGUGAUCAAGGCUUUGUUCGAUCCACACGAUACAAUCAAUGAAAAAAUAUUCAAAAAGAACGUACCAGACGUCGGUGACCCUGAUUCUACACCUGACAACCUUCAGAAAACCAGUUGA